AUGAGUGCAGCGUGCGAAUGAAGCUCCCGCGCAGUGUACGAGUGAAUGCUUAGGAUAAUUCGCGAAGUAGUGGAAUCAACAUCCGAGCUAUGCGCUGACCGAUCGAAAUGAAACCGCCUCCCAAAAUGAUUUUAGUGACCGUAUACCUCCUUAGCCAGGUGUACCUGGUUCGCUCUGCAACAACGGAGGACCAUGGCCGCUGCGAGGCCAUAACGAUCCCGUUGUGCAAGGACAUCAACUACAACAGGACCAUAUUCCCCAACCUUCUAAAUCAUCAGAAACAAGAAGAUGCCGCCAUGGAUGCGCACCCAUUCUCUCAUCUCAUAAAAGCAAAAUGUUCGCCGGAUCUUCAGUUCUUCAUAUGCACUGUGUACGCCCCUAUAUGCACACAACUGCCGUAUGCGAUCCCGCCGUGCCGGUCGCUAUGUGAGCGGGCGCGAACGAGCUGCGAACCCCUCAUGAAACGCUUCGGCUUCACUUGGCCCCCUAUCCUGAAUUGUGAACAGUUUCCUAUGUCGCAAAAAGAAAAAGUUUGUGUGGGCAACGAUACUGAAUCUCAGGAUCACGCGACCCUUGCCCCUCCGGUUCUCGGUGGCACACAAUUGAAACCGAGCGGAAGGCAGGGGAACACUACGAAGAAUCACGGAUUCCUCUGUCCUAAAGAGUUCAGUGUCCCUCAGAAUUUGGAAUACGUGUUCCGGAUCGGGGGCAAAGAGGUGAAGCACUGUGGGAUGCCCUGCUACAACAUGUUCUUCAAAGGCAAAAAUCUAGCCUUUGCACGUUACCUGAUCGGAGGUUUUGCCAUUCUGUCCGCAACGAGUACUCUGUUCACGGUGUGUACGUUCCUCAUCGACACCGACAGAUUCAAGUACCCCGAGCGACCUAUCAUCUUUCUAUCGUUCUGCAACUUCAUUGUGGCUCUGGUCUACAUCAUAGGAUUCCUCAUGGAUAAAUCGGUAGCCUGCAAUCAGCCGUUUUCGGCCCCGAACGGCGAACGGAACAUACACAUGGAGCCGAUUAUCGCUCAAAAUAACAAAAAUGAAGUUUGCACGAUGAUGUUCAUGGUACUUUAUUUCUUCUCGAUGUCUGGUGCGAUCUGGUGGUUAGUCCUCACAUUAGCGUGGUUCCUGGCCUCGGGACUCAAGUGGGGCCAGGAGGCGAUCGAGUCGAACAGCUACUAUUUCCAUCUGAUCGCCUGGACACUGCCAGCAAUCAAAACCAUAAUUGUGCUUGCUAUGGGCAAGAUGGAAGGAGACCUCUUAUCCGGAGUGUGCUACGUAGGAGUUUGGAACAUGGAAGCACUUCGACACUACGUGCUUAUCCCGACGGCCGCCUAUGUCGUUGUGGGAAUUAUUUUCCUUUUCGCUGGAUUCGCUUCCUUGUGUCAGAUUCGGACGGUGAUGAAGCACGGUGGGAACAAAACGGACAAACUCGAACGCCUCAUGGGACGGAUCGGACUAUUCUCAGUGCUCUAUCUGCUGCCGACCGUCACAUUGCUCAUCUGCCAAUUCUACGAGCAAGCCAACCUUGACCAGUGGUUACUAUCGUGGCAGUGGGACGUCCAUCGAGAAAAUCGCUGGUCGAUGACGUGCCCUGAAGCUCCGUGUACGCCCCGGGAGCGGUACAACGCGAAAUACAAUCAAAAACCUAUAUUCGCAGUAUUCAUGAUCAAGUAUCUCUCGAUACUGGUCGUCGGUAUCUCAUCUGGCGUCUGGAUAUGGUCUCGGAAGACCAUCGAUGUCUGGAGGCUGUUUCUAUCAAAACUCGGUUUCAUAGCGACCACAGAAUUCUCCGCGUGCGAGACAGAAUUCAGCGAUGAACUCCGCGAGAAAGAAAUGCCGCCCUCCGGCCAUCGACCGUUCGAGAACGUCGAAACAUGA